CUCACAUCCCAUGGUGCCCGGCGGCCGAGGGGACGACACCUUCAAAGACGGCCCCUGAGCGUCAGAGGGCCAACCACCGUGAAAGAGCAGCGGAGUCGAGGACUGGCACUGUGGGCUGUGACUGACUUGGAAGAGGACAACUGCGUGGACGGAGAGGUCAACCCCACCCAUCUCCAGCAAAUACUAGCAUGGCUACAGCGAGCACCUCAGGGCAGAGCAGUUUCGGGCUCGGGAGGAAAAAGAAACAGCCUGGUCUCAUGGAUCAGAUUACCAAGUUCUUUGGAGGAGACAAGAAGAAAAGGAGCAAGGGGUCUUUCCGGGGUCAUGGGCCCGCCUCACCCCAGCAGUCCUCCGCUCGACGUCGGACCAAGGAAAAUGCUGUGGUGCAUUUCUUCAGGAGCUUGGUUUCCUCUCCUCAACCUAAAUCCAGGUGGAGAGACGCCUUGGGCUUGGCCUCGUCGCCGAGUGCCGAGAGCACAAAGUCGCCGGUCAGGAGACGCAGAGACCAAAACACACUGUCCAGAAUCUUCAACCUGGGAGAAACCAAGUCCCGUCCACCCCCUAAACGCUGGAGCACCAUCUUCUAAGCUCUCUGCCGAGGAGCAAACCACCAAUCCACCUCCGAUGGGAGAAGAGGAAGAAGAAGGGGAAACUGAUUUGCAGGCAGCGGACUCACAACCUCAAGAAAUUUUAACACACUAACACCAGCCUCCUGUAUGUUUAGACAUUGACAGCGUAUGAAAUCCACUCUCCAGAUAUAUAUGGGCUUGUUUUUGUUUUAAUCCAACAGAUAUCUUGUCUAGGUCAUGCUUUCAGUAAAAUAUCUUACUGUAAAAACCACCCAUGGUGCUAGUGUCAGCUGUUUCAGCUUUGUUCAUGGCAGAUUUUUUUAAUUGUCUCCCCCGUCAUUAGCAUUUUGUACGUGAGUGGCGCUUUGUGUAUCUCGCUGCUUUCCAGAAACUCUACUCAUACACCAAAUAUACCUUUGUUUCAAUGUGAAAUCUAGACGGGGAUUUGUCCACUGUGGCUGUUGUGCUCGAGUGAAAUUGUAUGUUGACACAACUGGAAACCUACAGAAUAUGAGUUAUUUAAUUGUAAUGUUAUGUUUCGUUUCGCUUCCUGUAAUUAAAAACAUGUACAUACAGUAUGAUUUCCUUUAAGCCUAUAUCAAAUAAAUAAAAUGCCCUUUUCAAAUGCACUGUUACAUAACUAAAGAAUGUCCUAAAAAACUGGUCUGCUCUCUUAUGUGUAGCUUUAGCAUGGAUCUAAUGUAUUAUCUGUUUGAGUCUUACAUUUAGUUUCAUUUAAUAUUAUUUGUGUUUCCUUAAGAAGAUGGCAAGCAAAAGUUGGAUUUGAUGGUUGGAUUGUAAGUGGUUGAAAGAUCUAAGGCAGAAGCCCCCAGGUGGCAUGAGAAGCACUGAUGGACAGAAUAGUGAUUUUAAAUGUUCUGAAGUAUUAUUUCUCCAUUUCAUUCUGUUCAUAAUAAAUUGCAUCCCCACUAUCAUUGUGCAUGCUCUGUCUGUAUGUUCACUUUAACAUCAAAGCCAAAAUAAAUGUCAUUGGUUGUUGUUGUUAUGUUUCCUCUUAAUGUAAAGCUCUGUUUUUAAUGUGCAGCUAAACAAAAAAUAAACACAAUGUCUUCUCUGUA